AUGUACCCAAAGAACAAGCCACUUCCCCCGGAAGCUGCGGGCAGCGUAAGCUCCCUCAACGCCAAGAAGGAGUCUGAAAAGGUAAGCCACGUCUCAACAGUAAUUGGAGUCUCUGGGUCACACAGCACUUCGACGCGUAAGGAACAAAGUGACGAAAACAGCAUUGCAACAUCGUCGCCGCGCCGCUCACCACUAUCUGGUGUGGCUCUAAGACAGAUCCGACGAAGUUCACCGACAGGGGGGGCAAUGCCACCAUCGUACAAUGAAAGCAUAAAGGGAAAUUUUCUGUGCGAGGGCAGCUUUGUCCCAGAAGGAGUGGUUACCGUGGGUGCAGCUACAACGUCACAUGAGGGGGGUGCGGUGCGUACUUCCAAUAAAAUCCAGGGGCAUUUGUCCGCUUCGCUGCGUCCACCACCUUACGAAGUAGGUCCAUCAAGUUUGUCUGGGGUGGUGGAUGAGAAUUCGUAUGAUUUUAACUGUGGUAGAGGUGGUCCACCACCAGUGCCAACAGGGUUAAUGCUGCCAUCACAGCAUGCGAUUAUUCCACUUGGAAUGUCUACCGAGGCCCCAUACUUUGACAGACGCCAAAUGCAUGGCCUCACAGCACCUUCAAUGCCUUUACCCCCACCCCCACUUCCACCUCCACUUUCACCACAAAACCAAACGCCUCUUCCAUGGCCUACGCAAGAGAUGAUGAACCCCCCGCCAACUGUGCCGGGGGCUCCGGCGAAGGGGCCACCGCGCUACAAUAACUCCAAUGGCAGAAUGAUGCCGCGGCAGGCACCGUACUAUUAUCCUUUGAGCUCUCAGAAUGGAAUUCCAUGCAAAUCUCGCUGGAACAGCUAUCCUUCUUAUUUUUUAAAGGAGAAGGAUGGAGGCCUGCGGCGAGCGGAAGACACCCAAUGUGAACGCAAAAGUGAGAAAGACGACUUUACAGACAGGGCAAAUGAUCUUCUCCAUAACCGCCAGUACAGCAUGGAGAGCAAUUUUUCUGCUCAAGGACACGACAAACAUGAUCAGGGGUACCAGAGACAUGACAUAAGAUCACCCACCUGGAGGGAGAAUAAGAACCAUACCUCUGCGCAGCACCGUCAAGGUGUCAAUCUUCUUGUGCAAGUUAUUGUGGUAUUGCUGGAACGCAUUACGGCGGUAAAGGCUGCCCUCAGCAAUCCUAAGAGUAUAUCUGAAAACGCAGCUCUCGAUAAGCCGCCUAUUAAUGCAAAUACCGACGAAUUCCAAGUGCCCACGGAGCUGCAGCAAGACGAAGAUGCAUUGAUACUAAAAGAACAACUGAUUGAGCUGCAGAAUGCCUUUGGUAGUUUGCAGGAAGAAGGUGUUACAAUGAAUUCAAAUCGCCGUCGACUACUGGAUGCUAUUAUGGCUUUUCCUCAGUUGAUUCCACUGUCAACGGUAUGUUCUAGCAGUCUGGAGGAGUCAAUAUCGUCUUCCUUAGAUAUCAAAGUUCUUGCCGAAGAGAAGCUUAUCAGUUCUCGUGAUGUGACAGCAGAGGUAAAUGCUCUCAUGAAGGCAUUGGAUUUUGAAACCACUCGACCAAUUACCCUGAAGCUUGUAGCACCCCCUUACUCUUCUUCCUCCUCCUCCAUCUACGCGGUCUCACCUGCAAAAACCGCAAAAAAGAAGUUUACGCUCUCUACCUGUAAGUAG